UCUGUGGCGCCAGAAAUCAAGGGUUUAGUGAGAGCUCGCUCGUGUCAGCUGGCGGGUAACUACCGUUAUCUGCGUUAUGUUGGCGGCGCCGCGAGCGUUUAACGUUUAGACCAGCAUAUGGUAUAAUUAUAGGUCGAUUGAGCUGGAAUAAGGUUUGAUUGGAGCCAAAAUGGUGAUACUACGCAGCAGCGGCGGUGGCAGCGCUCAGCCGGUGGCAGCAACUCCGAAGAGGAGGUCAAUGGAGUUGGAUACAAGCGCCGAGUUUCUGUCACUGGUUCCCGCGUCGCAGAGAAAGUCCGCCCGGAUCACUCGGUCCUCCCGGGCGAUGGAUGACAGCUUCAGCAGCCCCGACAACAAGACGGUGAACGGUCAUGCUGAUAUGAAUGAGGAGGGGAAUGGACUUGUUCAUUCUCUGAGAAGCAGAGGACGGAGAGGUAAACUAGAGGUCUCAUUUUCUUGCAUGGAACCAAAAACUAGCCCCCCAGGCAUUGAAGACUGUGUUGGAGGAUGCUGCACAAGAAAAUCUUCCAGGCUACAAAGAGACGACAAGGGACCUAGUGGUAAACAAGCAGACGUUCCAGAAGAAGUGGAGGCAUCUUCUACUCCAAAGAGGAGCCGCUUUAGCCUACAGAACCGUAGAGUGGAAGAAGAAGAGGAUGACGAGGAGGACCGAUCUGUGCGACGUAGUUCUCGAAUUACCAGAUAUAAACUGGAUUCCCGCAAGCAGUCGGUGCUCUACGACCGCCUCAUCACUAAUACUGCUGAAGCUGUUCUCCAGAAGAUGGAUGAUAUGCAGAAGAUGAGACGCAGACUGCGGAGCAGAGACAGAGACACUAAUGAAGAGAUGGGUGUAUACACAAGGUGUCUGAGGUCAAAUGUGGAGAAUAAAGACACCAAAGUUCAGAACAAAGAGAUGGAAGAGGAUGUUCAUGAUGAAGGAGAAGAUGGAGAAGACGAAGAUGAGGAAGAGGAUGAUGACGAGGAGGAGGAGGGCGAGGAUGAAGAAGAAGAAAACCAGAGACGUUAUGACUUCAGACAGCGAAAGACUGUGGUUCGCUACCAGGCUGCACAAGAUGAACCCAGAGAGCCCAGGAAGCGCAGCAUGUACUUCAAGGACCACUCGUCUCCUACCAGACACAGGUUUAGGUUCAGCUCUGCAGCCCCAAGGAGCCCCUAUAACAGGAGAAGGACCAGUCGGAGUAUUUCUGACAGAAGAAGACAUGCCAUCCACAGCAGUGAGUCCACCUCCUCUUCUUCAGAUGAUGAGACGUUCCAGAGACGGAGGACUAAAAACAGGAGUAGAUCAAUCAACAGGUGUUUACCUUUGAACAUUGUGAAAGAAGACCUGCUGGGUAUCCAUAAAGACAGAAUGAAGAUUGGUGCCAGCCUUGCAGAUGUGGACCCAAUGCAAAUAGACAGGACUGUACGCUUUGACAGCAUUGGCGGUCUGAGCAAACACAUUUCAGCAUUGAAGGAGAUGGUGGUCUUCCCUCUACUGUACCCAGAGGUUUUUGAGAGGUUCAAGAUACAGCCACCCAGGGGAUGUCUAUUUUAUGGCCCUCCGGGGACAGGGAAAACCCUUGUAGCAAGAGCACUGGCCAACGAGUGCAGUCAGGGUGAAAGAAAGGUGUCGUUCUUUAUGAGGAAAGGCGCUGACUGCCUCAGUAAGUGGGUGGGAGAAUCAGAGAGACAGCUACGCCUGUUGUUCGACCAGGCAUAUCAAAUGCGUCCAUCCAUCAUCUUCUUUGAUGAAAUUGAUGGUUUGGCACCAGUCAGGUCCAGUCGACAGGACCAGAUCCACAGUUCCAUUGUGUCAACACUUCUAGCACUUAUGGAUGGAUUAGACAGUCGAGGAGAGAUUGUCGUGAUAGGAGCUACAAACAGACUGGACUCCAUUGACCCGGCUCUGAGAAGACCAGGACGCUUUGACAGAGAGUUUCUCUUUGGUCUGCCAGACAGAGAGGCUAGAAAAGACAUUCUGAAGAUUCACACCAGACAGUGGAGUCCCUCUCCAUCUGACACAUUUCUGGAGGAAGUGGCAGACAAAUGUGUUGGUUAUUGUGGAGCAGACAUUAAGGCAGUGUGCUCAGAGGCAGCUCUAUGUGCACUACGACGGCGCUACCCGCAAAUCUACUCCUCAUCACAGAAACUUGUACUCGAUGUCAACUCCAUCUCCAUAACAAACAAAGACUUUAUAUCUGCUAUGUCCAAGAUGGUACCAGCUGCUCAGAGAGCGAUUGUUUCACCGGCGAAGGCCCUGAUACCUGCCAUUCGUCCUCUCCUGAGCUCCACACUACAAAACAUCCUUCACAAAGUUUGCAAAGUGUUCCCACAUGCUGAGCAGGGCUUAACAAGAAAGAGAAAAGCAGAUGCAGUCUGUGGUGAGUUUGAAGAUGACAUUAUGUUCAGUGAUGAUGAGGACUUUGAGGUCUGUGCAAACAGAGAGGCCCAUCACACUCAACUCAAAACGCCUGCUGCUAAUGGUCUUCUCAACCUCAACAGGAGUGUCCUGAGCUGGCCAACGUCCUAUCGCCCCAGGCUCCUGUUGGAGGGCAGACCAGGCUCAGGUCAGAGCUCACACCUGGCACCUGCCGUCCUCCAUGCCCUGGAGAAAUUUACUGUGUACACGCUGGACAUGGCUGUGUUGUUUGGAACUAGUGCAACAGCACCAGAAGAGACCUGUGCUCAGAUUUUUGUUGAAGCCAAACGAACCUCUCCCAGUAUCCUGUACAUACCUCACAUUGGACAGUGGUGGGAAACAGUGGGCCCUGCCUUAAGAGCGACUUUUCUGAGCCUGCUCACCUCCAUCCCUGCCUUCUCACCUAUACUGCUGCUAGCAACAUGCAAUGUCUGCUAUGAAGAACUCAGUACUGAGGUUCAGGGAUUGUUUCGGUUGGAGUAUGGGGAGGUUUUUCAUCUUCUAGUCCCCACCAGCAGAGAAAGAAGAAACUUUUUUGAGGAUUUGAUUCUUAACCAAGCUGUGAGGAGCCCUGUGUCAAAAACCAAGGCUGUGCGCCAUGCUUUGGAGGUGCUCCCAAUCGCCACUCCACCUCCUCCACGGCAGCUGACAGAAGAAGAAACACAAAAACUGGAGGAGCAGGAGGAAGAUACCCUCAGGGAGCUCCGUCUGUUCCUUCGUGAUGUCACCAACCGCCUGUCCCAAGAUAAACGAUUUAAGGCAUUUACAAAACCGGUGGAUAUAGAGGAGGUUCCAGAUUACACUGAGGUGAUCAAGAAGCCCAUGGACCUGUCAACAGUUCUCUCUAAGAUUGAUAUGCAUAAGUAUGGGACAGUGAAAGAAUUCCUCGAAGAUGUAGAUCUCAUCUGGCAAAAUGCUCUUGAAUACAACCCAGACAGGGACCCGUCAGACCGCCAGAUCCGCCACAGAGCAUGUGCACUGAAGGAUGCAGUCCAUGCCAUCAUUAGAGAUGAACUAGAUGAAGAUUUUGAGAAGAUAUGCGAAGACAUCAAAGCAUCGCGCAACAAAAGAGGCUGCUCCACUGCCCCAGCCCGGUUUGCUCCAUCUUUCUACCAUGUCCUUCCCAAACAACCAGGAUCUCCUGCUGAAGCCAAGAUCACCAACAUGAUCCAACAAAGUGAACUGACCAGCGUUACAGUUGCAGUUAUGGACAAUACAAAUGCUGGUACUAUUACAACACCAAAAAAUUCAGCCCAAAAGAAGAAAAGGCGAAGGAGUCGCUGGUCUACUGGGUUAUAUGCAAAGAAGAAGUCAUCUCCUCAUGUAUCAAGAGAUGACUCGCAAAUAGGAUCUGAUGAAGAUGAGGAAGAUGGAGAUGAUGAAGAGGAACCUGAGAAGGAAGCAGAAGCACAGCAUACUGAAGGAGCUGGAGGACAGGGAGAUCCAAUGAUGGUUGAUGUUAAAGUAGGCCCUUCAGCAGCUCAGGAUGAUAAUUAUGGGCCCACUGCCAAGAAGCAUAAGGAUGACGAGGGUAGGAAAGAGAAACAGAAUGUCAAGCGUCACUUACAACCGUCAGAGGAAAGCAAAGCCCUGAUAAUGGCAGGAAGUGAAACCAUUUCAGUAAACACUAAAGUCAGCCACACAGAAACAGAGGGACAUACCCAGGACCAGUCCAACAUGGUGGAUAGUGGUGAAACUAGCCAAACUGUGUCAGAAACUGAGACAGAGAAAGGUCAACCUAUAAGUGUGUCAAGCAGUGGAAAGAAGGCAGCCACAUCACAGGAAGCAGCAGCAAAAAACCAUGCUGAACCUAUGGAGGUGGAAGCAACUGAAACCUCAACUACUGGUACUGCUGCAGCUGCCAGAGCAGAGGAGGAGAUGAACACAGAGCAUAGUGUGAGGCGCAUGACUCGGACCCUGAAGCAUACUGUGCUGCAGCAACAAAUGAUCUUGGACCAGGAAACCCCUUCUCUUGUGGUGGACAGAGACAGAUUAAAGGAACUGUUGGAAAGAAUAGUGAGCAAGACUGAUGGCUAUGAGGUGUUUAAGCUGGAAAAGCUCUACGCUUUGCUCUGCCAGAGCAUCUAUAGACACAGACAAGACUAUGACAAAACCAUUCUACUACAGGAGAUGGAACAAGAGAUCGAGGACUUCCACUGAUUAUUCUGUCAUUUUUGUUAAAUAUACUAUCAGCUCUAUUAAUAUUCAAACACUGGUUCUAUUUUCAUAACAAUCGACAUGCAGUGAUUUGUGUAUUAGUCGAGACUUUGUAUGACCUUUUUUGUUAUUUUCUAAUAAAUAGUGUACCUCUUG